AUCUCUUCCUUGUCAUGUGUUUUUCGCACACAAACUAGUUCUCCAAUGGCACUAGCCAGCAUUGCCAAGGGAUCCAAAUGGCUCUUCAACAAGAGUCUCAAGCUAAGCCUUCCUCACCUCCAUCAUCCAAAACCUAAUACUCCAACACCCGUACAUUCUCUCCUCCCACCAGAAGCCAGCACAAACGACGAGUUCCGACUAGUUUUUCGCUACCUGGACACCGAUGGCAAUGGCAAAAUUUCGAGCGAUGAACUCCAGGCCUACUUCGCGUCAAUGGGUGAGUCCAUGUCGAGCGACGAGGCACAAAGGGUUGUAACCGAAUUCGAUGAAGACGGAGACAAUUUAUUAGAAUUCGCGGAAUUCGUUAAGCUAAUGGAAAGAGAGAGCGAGGGGGAAGAUGAUGAUAUUAAGAGGGCUUUUGAGAUGUUUGAAGUUGAAAAGGGUAGUGGUUGCAUUACGCCAAGAGGGCUGCAGCAAGUUUUGAAUCGCUUGGGGAAAGAGAAAUCUGGUGAAGAUUGUGAGGCCAUGAUUCGAGCCUUUGAUCUUGAUGGCAAUGGAGUUCUUGAUUUCUAUGAAUUCAACAAGAUGAUGACCCCAAGGGCUUGAAUCUCAUGCUUAAUUGUAUGUGUUUGUAAUUCUUCGCAAUGCAAGUAUCGUUAAUUAUUAAAUAAGAUCAUGGGUUUCUUUUGGACA